AUGCCUAGCAUGGAAUCAGCUGACUUAAAGCGAAUGAUACUGGCUAUUGAGCACGAGUGCGAUGUAGAAAUCAAGAGAAUAAUGCAAGAGACCAGAGAUGAGUACAACCGCGUCAGGAACGAGGUUGUUGCUGAGCUGACGAAGGCCCUUAGUAAAAAAUACGAUCAGAAAGUAAAACAGGCUGAGAAAACCAGGCAAAUUCAGGAAAGUCGACUUAGAAAUGAGUCGAAUAAGAAAUAUGCCAUUGCCAAAUAUACCAAGGUAGAUCUGUUUAUUGAACGAAUCAGGCACGAAUUGAGGAAUGAGAGUCUGAGCAAACGAAUCUACAAAAAGACCCUGAAAAAGAUGGAAAUUAGUGAAACAAGCAAAGAACACAUCUUGUUUUGUAACAAAAAAGAUAGUUCAAAUGUCAGGCUGUUCUUCAAUGGGGAAAUCAGGGAGAUGCCUAAAAGUGGCCUAGGUGGUGUAGUGAUUUGCAGUAGAAAUGGAUCAAUACUUUGUGAUAAUUCAUUCAGUACAAGACUAGAAACAUUCCUACAGACUUACAUGAGUACCAUACGAAACCAUAUUGUGUAA